CUAAAAUCAUAUCCACGAAUUUUAGGGCUAGGGUUGAGCUAUGGCGGACUUCCCGAUCAUCUGCGAGACGUGCCCGGGGGAUAAUCCCUAUGUUCGCAUGGAGUCGUCCUUUGGUAAAGUCCGGCCGAAUGACAUGAUCCUCAAGCUCCAGAGGACGAGCCCAUACUACAAGCGCAACCGAGCACACGUUUGCAGCUUCUUUGUCCGCGGUGGAUGCCAAAGAGGCUCUCACACUAUGGGUUGAAUGAUCCCGUUGCUGCAAAGCUCCUGAAAAAGGCCGAGGAGAUGUCGACGCUCACUCCUCCCGACGAUGCCACCGUGAGGACGCUCUACGUUGGUGGCCUCGACGAGAGAGUCACCACCGAGGAUCUCAAAGACAACUUUUACUCGUAUGGAAAGAUCGAAUCGCUCCGGCUCGUCCCGCAGAGGGCCUGCGCCUUCAUCACUUACACCACGCGUGAGGACGCCGAGAAAGCUGCCGAGGACCUAAGCUUCAAGCACCAAAGUCGGACUUGAGUGGCGGAGCUCAGGAGGAGCAGAGAGAGCACGACUAAACUUCUAAAAGUGAACCUUGCCACAGCUGUAAUGCAAGAGUAAUUUAGGAAUUAAAGGGAAAGGACAAGACCAUAAACAAACAUAAAAUGAUUCCAUUUGACGCU